AUGGCAGCUAGCCCCGUGUUUCCAACAGGUGAGCUCAACGAUGUCGAAAGUCUGGACCGGAUCAACGAGCGGUUCGCCGAACUGGAGGGUCCCCUGUGGGUGACGAUGGACUCGGCUGACCCACCGGCAGAGCCGGCGGGGGAGUGCCACUGCAGCGCCGACACGUGGCAGUGCGAAUGCCAGCUGCUUCCGUCUGGGUGGGAUGAGGCAGACGGCUGCGAGUCCGAGAGUGAAAUCGCCUUCCUGCCGCGCACCCCCACUGCGAAGAAACCAGACUGGGCCAUAGAAGGCGAAUACCAGAUGUGCUGGAUUCUGGAGCCAGCCUGGUCAUUGCGUAAGCCGAGACGCAGGACGUAUUGGCCAAAGGCCGACCCAGAAUUUUUUGAACCAGAUGAGUCGGAGACCGAAACUGUGGACUCCCUGACGGGGCAAUCGGCAUCUGUCGAGAAGAUCGACGUCCAGGCAAUGGAGGAGCGCUCCUCCACCAGGCCAAUCGCUCCAGGGCUGAUGGCCAGACUGUUGCAGGCUCUCGGCGGAGUUUGCAGCUGCCUUUGCAACGUCUGA